AUGUGAUUAUCCUCUGUCUACCUGAAUGCAAUCAACAUCAUGAGGACCAUUGUGUGCAUUAUUCUCUGUUUAUUCUUUUUAUUAUUUGACACAGCCGAGGUUCCAAAGCGAUGCUCAGCGCCGCCCAAGUAUCCAUCCACCAGACUCCACCACAAAUUCAGCACCAGAAGCAAGUUCGACAGUGGGGAGAAAGUUUACUACAAGUGCACCGAGAACUUGGUCGCAUCCGCGGGCAGCCUGUCAGUGAUGUGCGUCAAUGGAACCUGGACCACGUUGACACUCAAAUGCGACAGGAUGCUGUGUGGCUCUGCUGGGGAGAUUCGAAACGGACGCUUUACGUAUACCGGCGUAGAAUUUGGAGACAUUGCUACAGCUCAUUGUGAUGAUGGGUUUCAGCUUUUCGGACGGCGAACCAGGAAAUGCAUGAGUUUCGGCUGGGAUGGUCACCCUCCCUCUUGUGAAGCGGUGGAGUGCGACGAGCCUCCAGAGGUGGCCAACGCAGAGCGAAACGGCAACGAGGAAGCAUCGUACAAGUACAAGAGUGUGAUUGCGUAUGACUGUCGCACGGGGACCCUCCUGGGGAACAAGGUCAUAUGGUGCAUGGAGAACGGCACAUGGAGCACACCGCCUUCAUGCAGAGAAAUCACAUGUCCAUCUCCAAAAGUGCCCAACGCCUCCUGGACGCGAGCUCACACCAGGCUUUAUCAACACCGGGACACGAUCGACAUCGACUGUCGCCAUGGUUACACAGUGGUGGGUGCGAGCACAGUCACCUGUGGUGACGACGGUCGGUGGAGUCCCAGCCUUCCCAAAUGUAGACGCACGUCAUGGCGCACUAAAUGGCAGAGCCGAUAUGGUGUCUGAUACGUGAUGCUACAUUAGUCAGUCCAAGACCAGCAUAAUAGAAGCAAACAGAAGAUGGAAAAUUAGCUUUGGACCUCAAGACUUCUCUGCCUUAUACACAUUAAACAUGUUUUUAAGAUGAAGCUGACAUACAGGGUGUUUAUUUCAAUAAGUGUUUUUGGGCAAGAAUGAGUACAAACUUGUUGCGGUCACCUCUAUACAUUUUUUUUUUUCCUUUUUACUGUCGAUAACGCCAUGUGUAUCAUCAUCUAUGGGCUAAGCUGCUAGUGAGCAUUCAUGAACAAACAAGUUACAAGGAAAUAAGAACACCAAUUCCAUUCAUUUAAAAAGACAAUACAAAAUCCAGACAUUUACAUGAGCAAUAACAAUUCAAGUGCAAAUAUCAACUCUAUGAUACAUCAUAGCAAACUCUCUUUUAAAAGGCAACAAUCUCAACCCCAAAAAAAAAAAAAAAAAA